GGCAAUGUGGGUAAUUAAUUAAUACUAGUACUAGUAGAUAAACUGUGGUGCAUGACAAAAUGGCCGCCACCAUUGUAUCCAUUGCUUCAUCGGUUGCAUCGUCCUACUACUCUACCUUAGUUGCAUCGUCUUACUCUACCUUACUUAUAUCUAAGUUACGCCCUUUUCAAAUCCUUAGACUUUCUACUCCAUCUAAAAAACCUCUAUAUUUCUACGCAAAACCACGUAUGGCGCAUUCUCUUACUCGUGCUACUCUAGGACUCACUCAACCUGCUAAUGUUGAGCCUUUUAAGGUAUCUUUUGCUGUGAAAGAUAUUGAUGUGGUGGAAUGGAAAGGAGACCUGCUUGCAGUGGGGGUUACAGAGAAAGACAUGAGCAAGGAUGACAAUAUGAAGUUUGAGAAUUCUAUAUUGAAAAAGUUGGAUAACCAACUCGGUGGUUUAUUAGCGGAAGCGUCGGUUGAGGAGGAUUUUACUGGCAAGGCUGGACAAUCAACCAUUCUUAGGCUUCCUGGUUUAGGAUCAAAGAGGAUAGGAUUGAUUGGGCUUGGUUCUAAGCAGCCUUCUCUUUUAGCAUACCGUGGUCUAGGUGAAGCUGUUGCCACGGCUGCAAAGACUGCUCAAGCUAGUGAUAUUGCAGUGUUCCUUGCUUCUUCUGAAGGGCUUUCAGCAGAGCUGAAGCUAAGCACUGUUUCAGCCAUUGCAUCUGGUACCAUCCUUGCAAUGCAUGAAGAUAACAGGUUUAAAUCUGAGUCAAAGAAACCACACCUCAAAUCUUUGGAUAUUAUUGGUCUUGGAACUGGGGCUGAUUUAGAGAAAAAGCUCAAAUCUGUUGAAGAUACUUGUUCUGGAAUUAUUUUUGGAAGAGAGCUGGUUAAUGCACCUGCUAAUGUUCUUACCCCUGGAGUACUUGCUGAAGAGGCUUCCAAGAUCGCUUCAGCGUACAGUGAUGUCCUAUCAGCAAAGAUUCUCAGUUUAGAGCAAUGUGAGGAACUGAAGAUGGGAUCCUACCUUGCAGUUGCUGCGGCUUCUGCAAAUCCACCCCAUUUUAUCCAUUUAUGCUACAAACCUCUUAGUGGACCAGUUACUGCCAAAUUAGCGCUUGUUGGGAAAGGAUUGACAUUUGACAGCGGGGGCUACAAUAUUAAAACUGGACCAGGUUGUUCGAUUGAGCUAAUGAAGUUUGAUAUGGGUGGUUCAGCAGCAGUUUUAGGUGCAGCAAAAGCCAUUGGUCAAAUCAAACCUGCUGGAGUUGAGGUUCAUUUCAUUGUUGCCGCCUGUGAAAACAUGAUUAGUGGGACUGGUAUGCGGCCUGGGGAUGUAGUCACUGCUUCCAAUGGAAAGACUAUAGAGGUCAACAAUACGGAUGCGGAAGGCAGGCUUACUCUUGCGGAUGCUUUGGUGUAUGCUUGCAAUCAGGGUGUUGAUAAGAUCAUUGAUCUUGCAACAUUAACUGGAGCUUGUGUUGUUGCUUUGGGACCUUCCAUAGCAGGUGUCUUUACACCCGAUGAUGCACUUGCCAAAGAGUUGUUUGCUGCUUCAGAAGCCACUGGAGAAAAAUUUUGGAGGAUGCCAUUAGAAGAUAACUAUUGGGAGUCCAUGAAAUCAGGAGUGGCUGAUAUGGUCAACACAGGGGGUCGCCAAGGUGGUGCGAUUACUGCAGCUCUGUUUUUGAAACAGUUUGUGGAUGAAAAGGUUCAGUGGAUGCAUAUAGAUAUGGCCGGUCCAGUUUGGAACGAAAAGAAACGUUCAGCAACAGGAUUUGGUGUAUCAACAUUGGUGGAGUGGGUUCUUAAAAAUUCAUCAUAGUUUUUGGUUUUUUAUCAUGAUUGAUAUUACAGUGUGACUAGGAUGAUGAUUCGGAAAAUAAUACAGUUUCAGUCAGAAAAAUUACUUUCAGCUGAGUAGUUUUUCAAAUUUUUACACAGUUAUACACAGAGAUAUGAAGUUGGCUCUAAUGCGGUAUUUUUGACUUGUUUUCA